AGGACGCGAGUCCGGACCAUGGGGGAUGGAGGCGCCAGAGCAGCCGGAGGAGAAGGGGUGAACCGGUCCCACGUGCUGUUUGACAACUUCGUCCAGGCGACCACAUGCAAGGGCACGCUCAAGGCCUUCCAGGAGCUGUGCGACUUCCUGGAGGUCAAGCCCACCGAGUACAGGGUCUUCUACCACAAGCUCAAGUCCAAGCUCAACUACUGGAAGGCCAAAGCGCUCUGGGCCAAGCUGGACAAGCGGGCCAGCCAUAAGGAGUACAAGAAGGGCCGUGCCUGUGCCAACUCAAAGUGUCUCAUCAUCGGUGCGGGGCCAUGCGGCCUGCGUACAGCCAUCGAACUGGCCUUCCUGGGGGCCAAAGUGGUGCUGCUGGAGAAGAGAGACGCUUUCUCCAGAAACAACGUUCUGCAUCUGUGGCCCUUCACCAUCCAGGACCUCAGGGGCCUUGGCGCUAAGAAGUUCUAUGGGAAGUUCUGUGCUGGUGCUAUUGAUCAUAUCAGUAUUCGUCAGCUUCAGCUGAUGCUGCUCAAAGUGGCCCUCCUGCUGGGCAUCGAGAUUCAUGUCAACGUGGAGUUCAAAGGGCUCAUCGAGCCCCCGGAGGAUCAAGACGGUGAAAAGAUUGGCUGGAGGGCCGAGGUCCACCCCAGGACACACCCGGUCAACGAGCUGGAGUUUGACGUCAUCAUUGGAGCCGACGGAAGGCGAAACACACUACCAGGGUUUCGGCGGAAGGAGUUCCGAGGGAAGCUGGCCAUCGCCAUCACUGCAAACUUCAUCAACAGGAACACCACGGCGGAGGCGAAGGUCGAGGAAAUCAGCGGAGUGGCGUUCAUCUUCAAUCAGAAGUUCUUUCAAGACCUCAGAGAAGCGACGGGUAUUGACCUGGAAAACAUCGUCUACUACAAGGAUGACACGCACUACUUUGUGAUGACUGCCAAAAAACAGAGCCUGCUGGAGAAAGGAGUUAUUCUGCAUGACUAUGCGGACACUGAAAUGCUGCUGUCGAGGGCGAACGUGGACCAGGCCGCGCUGCUGUCCUACGCGCGCGAGGCCGCCGACUUCUCGACGAACCACCAGCUGCCCACGCUGGACUUCGCCAUCAACCACUACGGCCAGCCCGACGUGGCCAUGUUCGACUUCACCUGCAUGUACGCCUCGGAGAACGCCGCCAUGGUGCGCCAGCGCAACGGCCACAAGCUGCUGGUGGCGCUCGUGGGCGACAGCCUGCUGGAGCCGUUCUGGCCCAUGGGCACCGGCAUCGCUCGAGGCUUCCUGGCGGCCAUGGACUCGGGCUGGAUGGUGAAGAGCUGGGCUCAAGGAAGAACCCCCCUGGAGGUGCUGGCCGAGAGGGAGAGCAUUUAUCGUCUUCUGCCUCAGACCACGCCCGAGAACGUCAGUAAGAACUUCAGUCACUACAGCGUCGAUCCCACAACGCGUUACCCCAACAUCAGCCUUCACUUCCUCAAGCCCAGCCAGGUGCGGCACCUUGUUGACACCGGGGAGCAUCGGGAGCUUCGCAUUGAAAUUGAGAAUGUGAUCAACUCGUCAACGCCCAAGCUGGCCAGGAAUGACAAUUGCCUGCUUGACAAGCAAUUGCAAGAAUCUAUUGCUCGAUCCAGUAAACUGCUCAACUGGUGCCAGAGGCAGACGGAGGGAUACAGGAACGUUAAUGUGACGGACCUCACCAUGUCCUGGAAGAGCGGCCUGGCCCUGUGCGCCCUCAUUCACAGAUACAGACCCGAUCUCAUUGAUUUUGACUCGCUGGACGAGCGAGACCAGGAGAAGAAUAACCAGUUGGGCUUCGACGUGGCAGAGAAGGAGUUUGGGAUUUCUCCAUGCAUGACUGGCAAGGAGAUGUCUUCUGUGGUGGAGCCAGACAAACUGUCCAUGGUCAUGUAUCUGAGCCAGUUCUAUGAGAUGUUUAAAGACACAGUGCCACCCGGAGACAACCACAACCUCAGUCCAGAGGAUAAGGCCGCACUAAUAGCCAGCACCAAGUCUCCCAUCUCCUUCCUCAGCAAGCUGGGUCAGAGCAUAGCGAUCUCCAGGAAACGAAACCCCAAGGACAAAAAGGAGAAGGACGCGGACGGUUUGGGGAAGAGGAGGAAAACCAGUCAGUCUGAGGAUGAGGAGCUCUCGAGGCCCGGCCGUGACGACAGGCCGUCCGUCCCCGCCGUCCUGGCCGAGAGAAAGAUGGACUCGGCCGCCGUGGGGAACAACAACAAAGUGAAGGUCAUGGCCACCCAGCUGCUCGCCAAGUUCGAGGAAAACGCUCCAGCUCAGCACACGGGGCUGAAGAGACAGGGGGAUUCUCUGCCCAAUCUGGACCGCCUUUUCCCCCCUAGCCCUCCACAAACCCCAGUGAAAGAGGCAGUGCGCCUGGCGCCUGUCCCAGCAUGGAGAAAGAGACGCACACAGCAGCAGGAGCAGCUGAGCAUUCGCUACAAAGCGAUGAUCAAGUGUCAGACGCUGCCCUUCCGAGGGGAGCAGGCCAGGAGUGGUGCAGACCAGCUGUCCAGCUCGAGCUCUCGGAGCUGCCCAAAGAAAACCAUUCUGCUCCCUUCCUCCUCCUCCACUUCCUCGCUCUCUCUUCACUCCGAGAAUAUGCAAAAAAGCCCAGAGGAAGAGGAGCUUGAGUACUAUGAGAGGCCGCUGCCACCCGGGGAGUGGCGGCCGCUGCACCUGGACGACCCGGGACCCAUUCACAUACCCGGUAUUCAGGAGAGGGCGGACCGCCUCAUCUCCAAGUUUAAAGGCAAACCCAACAAGCCUCCAAAGCCGAAGAAAAAGCCGUCCCGGUUCUUUUUAGAGCAGUGGCACUUGUCCCGCAGCCUGACCGAGAGUCCCGGUUCACCACCGCCCCCCCUCGACUCCCCCGGAAAGGAGGCGGCGAGGCGCCUGGACUCCGACAGCCAAACGCCUUUAUACGUGCUUAGUAUUCAGGAGCGGGCCGAGCAGCUGGCCUGUCAGUUUGAGGGCAAGAAAGUUGGACCUCAGCCUAAGAAAAAGCCUUCGCGUUUCUUUAUGGAGCAGUGGCAUCUGGCCCGGGCUCAAAGCCCCCCCGAUUCCCCCCCCUCCACGUCCGACAGCCUGAGACAGCGCUAUGUCAGGAUGUACACAGGGGGAGUGGGCUCAUUGGCCGAGCAGAUAGCCAGUCGGCUACAGUCUCGGGAAGACGCCAAGCCCCCGCCUGUGCCCGAUAAGAGGGAUUUGGGCUCUCUCCGGAAAGAGUUCCCCGUUAACAUCGGAGGCAGCGACGUCUGCUUCUUCUGUCGGAAGCGCGUCUACGUGAUGGAGAGGCUGAGCGCCGAGGGCAAGUUCUUCCACCGCAGCUGCUUCAAGUGUGACUACUGCGGCACCACGCUGCGCCUGUCCUCCUACGCCUUCGACGUCGAGGACGGGAAGUUUUACUGCAAACCGCACUACUGUUACCGUCUGUCUGGCUACGCUCAGAGGAAGAGGCCCGCUCCCUCCCCGGCUCCCAUCACAGCUAAGGAGAACCAGCCGCCCCAAACCCCGACGGCCACCGUGGACGCUCCCGGAAGGGCGAUGGCGGCGGCGGUGGCCCCCUCGGCCGAGCUCCAACCCUCAGCGGCGGAGGUCAACGGCCUGCAGGAGCCCAGCGUGGCCAAGCGUCUGCGGGGAACUCCGGAGCGCAUCGAGCUGGAGAACUACCGGCUGUCCCUGCAGAGGGAGGAGGAGCUGGAGGAGGUGCCCGAGGAGACGCUGGCGGAGCACAACCUCAGCAGCGUGCUGGACAAGGCCACGGAGGCCGAGCUGGGCUCCAGCAGCUCCGAGUCAGACAUGGAGGAAGAGGACGAGCAGGAGGAAGAGCAGGAGGACCAGGAGGAGGCGGAGGAGCAGCCCCACAGCCCGUCGGACCUCGGCGGCGUCCCCUGGAAGGAGGCGGUCGAGCUCCACGCCAAGCUGCGGGGCGACGAAGGCGAGGCCACGGCGGACGCCGUCAGCCGGGACGGGGAGCUGGACGAGGAGGAGGAUGAGGAGGACGAUGAGGAGGAGGAAGAGGAUGAAGAGUCGAGUGACGAGGGGGAUUACAACCCUUGGGACAGAGAGCUCCAGUCCGGCCUUUGGCUGGAGAAGUUCCUCACAGAUGAAGAGGAUGUUGGUACAUUUAAAGCCAGGAACCUGCACAUCCAACAAGUCCUGCAGCCUGUGGAUCCCACCACCCUUCCAGGUUUGAGGAGAACACACCCGGACUCUGAGGGGGAGAAGGACGGCCCACUGGCCUCGGCCUCCCAGCCCUCCCACCCCUCUGAACUCACGCAGCCCUCCUCCACAGCCCCCGCCCACUCAUCCGCCCGACACGAGGCAGUGAGAGUCUGGUUGGAGUCCCUGUCUGGAGAGCCCUGCGAAGAGGACGAGCUGGAAGCAGAAGCAGACAGUCCAGAUAUUGAGCCUGGCACAGAGAUGGAUCAGGAUGACAUCCCGUCAGAUGCAGAAGCCGAGGCUCGUUUGCACCAAUCGCAGAAUAACGGAGUUCUUCCCGAAGAAGAGCAGGAGUCUGAGAGUCUGGGCAUGGCCUCCAGUAUCGACCCCUGCAGUAUCAGCCAGGCGCAGGAAGAAGACGUUUCCCCACUCAAAGCCUCCCCGGCGCCAGAAACACAGAUAACUCCGGCGAAGUCUCCAGGCGUCCGCUUUUUCACAGAUCCGUUCAUACCUGAUGAGACGGAGCCUGAAAAGACGACUGUGUCUCCGGCUGCCAGGAGCCCGGCGCUCUCGUCGCCCGCCGCUGUCCAGGAUCCUUCUCCUGUCCGUUCUCCCGCCGCCGCCUCCGACGCUCCCGUCCCGUCUCUUCCCGGCUCGCCCAUCCAGCCAUCCGUCGCCUCUCCGGCCAAGCCGGCCGUCGAGUCGCCCGUCAGGACGCCCGUCAAGUCCCCGGUCCGGUCGCCGAUCUGCUCUCAGCCGUCCUCGCUUCCGGAGACGUGCCGACCCAAAUCUCCCGUCUAUCCCCACCGCUCCAUUUGCCCCCUCACGGGGAACCCCCUCUCCCCGAUCUGCUCCCAGCCGCUGCCCUGCCACGAGCCCUCGUCGCCCCUCACGUCGGACUCCCCCGUCAGAACGCAGCCGGUCCCCGCCGUCACCUCCACCCCCGUCGCCAAAACAGACAACGCAACGCCCGAGCCUUCAAAUUCUGACGACAGCUCCGCUAAAAAGACUGACAUCAUUGAGGAGUUCUGGUUGAAGAGCGCUGAGAUCAGGAAGAGCCUCGGUCUGACCCCUCUGGACCGCAGCAGUAAAAUCUUAGAGAAGAGUGUUGCUAAGACUCCUAACCAGGAUCCUCCGCCUGUUAAAACACAGUCUCCGGAUGUAGCGGAGGAACCGAAACCUGCGUUCGCAGGCCGGCCUGUUAUCCGCAGACUCAACAUCACCCUGGAGGGUCAGGUUAUUACUCCCAUUGCUCCCGUAGAGGCCAAAAGUGACGGCUCUGAUAAGAAGGACGUCAGCAGCAGCUCGGGCUUGGGCCUGAACGGCAGCAUGGCCACCAGCCAGACGGCGAACAGCGACAGCUACAACACCUCCGACUCCACCAUGCUCACCCCGCCCUCCAGCCCGCCGCCGCCCGUGCCCGCUAAUCAGUCCCCCGCCGUGCUCCGCCAGCAAAAACACCAGGCGUCCUGGACCAACGGGACAGAGCCACAUCCGCCCGAGCGUGCCAAGGAGCCAUCCAAAACAAAAUCUCCCGUCCCGGCGCCCCGGACCCAGCUGAGCCCCGUUUCUGCGCCCAAACCGGCGCCCAGGAAGGUCUCCUCGCCCCAGGCGGCCCCCGAAGCCGCUCCGGCGGUCGUCAUGAGGGAGAAGAAGAAGCCUCGCUCCGAGGACGUGAGGAAAUCCUUCGUGGAGACGGUGGAAGAGAUUCCAUUCGCCGACGACGUGGAGGAGACGUACGACGAGCGGACGCCCGAAACGAGCAUGAACAAGUUUUACACUCCGCCCACCAGCAAAGCCAGCCGCGAAAAACCCCCUCUGCACCUCGCCCUGGCAAUGGAGAACGGUAAACCCAACAUCCCUAUCAACCCAGCGCUGAAGACCCAGAGGGCAACUCAGUUCUCUCCGGAGGCCAAGGAGAUUGCCGAGGAAAGAAUGAGAGCGCGGGAAAAAUCCGUCAAGAGCCAGGCGCUGAAGGACGCCAUGGCCAAGCAGCUGAACAGAAUGAAAGAGUCGGACAGUGACAAGGGUGCCUCACCUAAAGUGGCCUGGAGCGUGGCUCCCGACGCGGCGGGGAAAAGCAAAAAGUCGGCCGGAUCUCCAAAGACGUCCGCCGUGAAAGCUCUGGAGUCCAAGAAGUCGGAGAUGCUGCCCGAGCGCUUCUUCAGCAGCAACAAGAGCCUGGACAGCUCGGUGGCCUCGUCCGACGGCUCCUCCGCCAGCAAGAGCAAGAAGAGGAGCUCGCUCUUCUCGCCGCGCAAGAAUAAAAAGGAGAAGAAAGCGAAGAACGACAGCAGCAGGCUGUCCGGCGCAGAGGAGACGCCGCCCAAACACAAGUCGCUGUGGAAGGCGGUUUUCUCAGGGUACAAGAAGGACAAGAAGAAGAAGGAGGAUAAAUCCUGUCCCAGCACGCCAUCGUCCAGCUCCACCACGCAGGACUCCGGGAAGAAGAGAACCUCGCCUCUUGGGAAAUCUUCAGACUUGAAAUCCCGCCGGAACCUGAGCUUCUCCGAGGACUCGGACCUGUCCUGCGACGACGUUCUUGAGCGAUCGUCCCAGAAGUCGAAGGCAGAUCUGCACAUGGACAUCUUUGACCUAGUGUCAGGGAUGCAAAAGGAGGCACUGAAGGAGGAGAAGCUGGAGAAGGAAAAGAGAAAGGAGGGGAAGGAAAAAAGAAGGGUGAAAGAGAGACAGAGGGAGAGAGAGCGGGAGAAGGAGGUUGAGCGAGAAAAGGACAAAGACGAUGAAGAGUCUGUUUAUGUCCCUCACGCACUGGCGUUCAAGAGAUCGUACGCCACAAAGAAAACCUACACAGAGGAAGAGCUUAAUGCCAAGCUGACACGCAGAGUCCAGAAAGCUGCACGACGACAAGCCAAACAGGAGGAGCUGAAGAGGCUCCACCGAGCCCAGAUCAUCCAGAGACAGUUGGAGCAGGUGGAGGAGAAGCAGCGGCAGCUGGAGGAGAGGGGUGUAGCCGUGGAGAAGGCUCUGAGAGGAGAAGCAGGGUUGUAUAAAGGUACUUAUACAUUACCCAAACAGCACAAAAGACGAUCAGACUAUUGGGGAGAUUCUAAUUACAGUGAAAUCCUGGACUUGCAUCUGGGCGGCAUGGGCAAGAAGGACGACCCCAAACUCAUGCAGGAGUGGUUCAAACUGGUGCAGGAGAAAAACGCCCUGGUCCGCUACGAGUCGGAACUCAUGAUUUUUGCCAGAGAGCUGGAGCUGGAGGACAGACAGAGCCGGCUGCAGCAGGAGCUCCGGGAGCGGAUGGCGGUGGAAGACCACCUGAAGACCGAGAAGGAGCUGGCCCAGGAGAAGCAGAUCCUGAACGAGAUGCUGGAGGUGGUGGAGCAGCGCGACGCCCUGGUGGCCCUGCUGGAGGAGCAGAGGCUGCGGGAGAAGGAGGAGGACAAGGACCUGGAGGCCGUCAUGCUCUCCAAGGGCUUCAGCCUCAACUGGGCCUAACGGGCGCCGCCGCACGGCCCUCUGCGCGCCGGGAAACAACGGUUUUCCAAGAGGACUGCCUGCUUUUGGUCUAAAACUGUCACACCUACAGCAGUGAAUGUGUAAAGUUCCCCCACAACACACACUCACACACUCUGACUGCCUCUGACACUGAAGCAGUCUGCAGCGUUUACAUAUCUCCUGCCCGGCGGCGGUGUGAGUUAAUCAUUUUGCAGUUUUGCUCUCUCUCUCUAUCUCUCUCUCUCUCUCCCUCUCUCUCUUUCUGUGUCUGUGGGUGGAGAGGCGAGUGUGUUCACAACUUUAUCAUCCCAGCCUUGAAGUGGAGUCUCUCGAGCAGGAGGAAGCCUUUGGGAAAACCUUUAAAAAGACUUUAUUCUCGAUUAUUUGAAGGGAAGAAUGCAGUUCGGUCCUGCUGAUGUAAAGGAAUUGUAAAUUUUAAAUUAAAAAAAAGUGGGGUUUUUUUGUGUAUAGUUGUGUAAAACAAGUGACAUUUUGUGCAGACGAGGGUCCGCUCUUUGCUUACAGAGCGACGUCUCCGUGCCGACGUCCUCCGAAGCUGCCUUUUUUAUUUGAUUUCGUGUUUUAAACCACUCACAAACUGACUUCAGCAUCCUAAUGAACCACAAACGAGCCAUGAAAGGCUCCUCUCUCCUCCUCACGUCAACACAAACAAUCCAUCAAGUAUGGCCAUGUUUGUUUUUCUUGAUGUAUUUAUUACCUGUGUUUGCUUUUAACAGAUAUUUUUGUUUGUGUGUGUGUGUGUGUGUGUGUGUGUGUGUGUGUGAGAGUGUGUGUGUUGCAUUCACAGGAGAGUGCCCAGACUUUCAUUAUCUUGCACUUGUUGGUAAAUUCCUGUGCACUCAGAAGCCAUUUGCAUGUCAGGAAUGAAGGCUACAGGGACACACAGGAACUUUUCUUUCAUCGUAUCUAUAAAUAUAUAUAGACAUAUAGAUAUAUAUGACAUAGAGUACAGAUGUAUGAUACGUUUGUGCAUUUAGGCAUUUCACUUGAUGACGACGGGCCUCUCGGUGAGGCGCCGUCACUGUACAUCACACUGUCGGUUAACGUUUACAGCGUAUUCGGAUCGUGAAACAGCUGAACUGUGUUAUCGAGACCUCGUUAAUGAAUCGGAUGAGAGAUCGCGUCGCAUCGCCUCGCUCGUCAUUUCUGUGCCACAGCAGCGUCUCUGCGUCGGUGGAUAUGCUGCAGUAUCUCUGGAGUUACACACACACUCCACACACCAGUAUCCAGCAGUGUUAAGACUUCAACAUGAGGCCUUUUUCAUUUCCGUUCUUAUUUUUUUUUGUUUUUCGUUGUUUGAAAGAAGUCACUUUCUUUUGUGUGUGUGUGUGUUUGUGUGUGUCUCCAGCUGGCCCCCAAACUAAAAGAGACACUUAAAAUUGAGACACUAAAGAAAUGCAAAAAGGGCUGAAUGAGCAAACGGGAACGCCGUGUUUUCUCCGGCUCUUUUCGCGGAAAACUGUAAAGUCAUGAACUCCUGUUUUCACAGCACAGAAACACUUCCAGGUUAUAUUUAUGAUGUGGCAUCCAGCUGUGAAUAAGUAUAUUAAGAAGUUACAUAAUUUUAAAGGGUUGUUGGUUUCGACGGCGUGUGUUGAGUUUGCCAUGAUUGUAUUGAUAUUUAUUAACAUGUGUGCAAAUUGUAUCAUAUGUAAAGAAAAAGUGAAUCCUAAUUUUUAAAACUGUUCCGUUGACACAUGACUUGUAUUGUAAAUGCUUCAUGUAGCUAAGAGUUCUUAGGGGUGUUGGAUGUAUGCUGAAAACGGCAAUAAAACAAUGCAGUUGUUCUUUUA